AAUGAGACCAAAGUAUGUUAUCACCCACGGUGUAGCGUGCCAGCUUUUUGUCUCCAAGAUUUUCCUCAUACCGAAGUCAUUUUCGUUUCACAUCAUAGCUGCAGUUCAUGUGUAUGUGUUUAGGCUCCGCACCCUUUGACAGGUUUUGUGGAUUUUUGGGGACACCUGUGACAUUUCCCUGUCAGGACUUGAUGAGAUUUGGGGCUUUGACUGAUAAGGACUGCAGACAGUUGCUAUUUGACAAGAUACUGCUUGGUGUCACUUUGAACUAGAUCCAGGUGGCUGGGUGAAGAACAGCAAGGACCUCAAGUUACAGAAGUGCAUUGGAAGGGAAAAGUCCGGAGGCGAGUAAGCUACAGUGUCGGGAUUGACAGAGAAAAGCAAAAGCGGGGAACAAACCUCUGGAACACUUUGCUCUCUCAUGAGUACACGUUCACACAGUUCACUGAGAACGUUGUGAUGUUUGCAAAAGUCAUGUUUUCUGAGUACAAAGGGACUAAAGUAGCACUGAAGUGCCGGAAAAUGCAGCUGCUGCUGCUGCUGGGCAGGCCUUUAAUUGCAGAGGCCAAAGUCAUAAUGAAAGCUGCUUAGUGUGAUUGGAGAGGAUGGCAGCUUGUUCAGCAUAACUGAAUGCAUGAGGGAGCUGCACGCUCACCUCAACGGCUCGGUGAGCUUCCAGACCAUGGAGAAGCUCAUGAAGCGAAAGCCACAUCUCAACAUACAACACCACAUGACGGCCAUCGACAAAGGCCAGCGGAGAACUUUGGAAGAGUGCUUUCAGGUCUUCAAGGUCAUUCAUCAGUUGGUGGACACGGAGGAAGACAUCCUGAUGGUGGCCGCAGAUGUAAUCAAGGAGUUUGCAGCUGACGGUGUCAAAUAUUUAGAGCUCAGGAGUACACCGAGAGAGGAGAAGAAAACAGGGUUGACAAAAAACAGCUAUGUGGACACUGUCAUAAAAGCCAUCCAGCAGUGUAAAGAGGAGGAGGUGAACAUUGAUGUCAGGUUCCUAGUGGCCAUCGAUCGCAGGAAUGGGACUGAGGUUGCCAUGGAAACGGUGAAGCUGGCUGAGGACUUCAUGCUUUCCACUGACGGGCUGGUGGUCGGACUCGACCUCAGUGGGGAUCCGACGGUGGGCCAUGGUAAAGACCUGCUUCCUGCCUUACAGAGAGCCAGGAACAGCGGACUUAAGUUAUCGCUGCACCUCUCCGAAGUUCCGUCUCAGCUGGAGGAGUCCGAGCUGCUGCUCAAUCUGCCUCCGGACCGGAUCGGUCACGGCACCUUUCUGCAUCCGGACGUCGGCGGAUCACAGAGCCUUGUUGACAAAGUGGUGAAGAAUAACAUCCCUUUGGAGCUUUGCUUGACAUCAAACGUCAAAGGACAAACUGUACCAUGUUACUCCCAGCAUCACUUUAAGUACUGGUACCAGAUGGGCCACCCAAGCGUCAUCUGUACUGACGAUAAAGGCGUGUUCAGUACAGACUUGUCUCAGGAAUACCAGCUGGCGGCGUCCACGUUCGGUCUGGGUCGCGAGGCCUUGUGGACGCUCUCCCGGCAGGCCAUCGACUUCAUCUUUGCAGCUGACGCCGUGAAGCAGCAGCUCAAGCAAAAGUGGACUCAGUUAGAGCCUCAUGUGCUCAAAUGACAGGUUUAGCCUAGCGUCGUCCAACCGCUUACCUCACUUCAUAGAAAAGGGAAAACGACUACAUUUUUACUUUUACAUCUUUAAAUCUUUGUAGCAAUCAUAACAUUACAAAAAGUGAAAACACUCGACACUCUUGCACUGAGGUGCACAAUUUUAAACAAGUGAUGACACUGUAGACAUGCUUACACACUUCUAUAUUUGGCACAAUUAUUGUGAUUAAA